CCUGGUUACACGCUGAAGCUCAAUGAUGGCGGAUAGUGCGAGUGAGAGCGACACGGACGGAGCCACACAUCAGUGCUCCUUAUCCUCCUCCUCCUCCUCCUCCUCCAUCCUCAUCUCUCCCUUCCGUCUGGAGGAGUUGACGAACCGCCUGGCCUCCUUACAACAGGAGAACAAGGUCUUAAAGAUCGAGCUCGAGACGUUUAAACUGAAGUGUAAAGCGCUACAGGAGGAGAAUAGAGACUUGCGCAAAGCCAGUGUCACCAUACAAGCAAGGGCAGAACAAGAAGAGGAGUUCAUCAGUAACACCCUGUUCAAGAAGAUUCAGGCCCUGCAGAAAGAGAAAGUAACACUAGCAGUCCACUAUGAGAAGGAAGAGGAAUUCCUCACCAAUGAACUCUCACGAAAACUUAUGCAAUUACAACACGAGAAAGCCGAACUGGAGCAGCACUUGGAACAGGAGCAGGAGUUUCAAGUGAACAAACUGAUGAAGAAGAUCAAGAAGCUGGAGAAUGACACAAUCUCCAAACAGCUCACAUUAGAACAGCUCAGUCGUGAAAAGAUCGACUUGGAAAACACUUUAGAGCAAGAACAAGAAGCUCUAGUGAAUCGGCUAUGGAAGCGCAUGGACAAACUGGAGGCGGAAAAAAGAAUUCUACAGGAGAAGCUUGACCAGCCUGUCUCUGCCCCACCAUCCCCCAGGGACAUCUCCAUGGAGAUCGAAUCACCUGAGAACAUGAUGCGACACAUUAGAUUCCUCAAGAGUGAGGUGGAGAAACUGAAGAAAAACCUGCGCACCGCAGAGCUACAGCAUACAGAGAAUAGGGCUCAGUACAUAGAAGAAGAGCGGCAUAUGCGUGAGGAGAACAUCCGGCUGCAGAGGAAGCUUCAGAGGGAAGUAGAGCGCAGAGAGGCCCUGUGCCGGCAGCUGUCUGAGAGUGAGUCCAGCCUGGAGAUGGAUGACGAGAGGUAUUUUAAUGAGAUGUCUGCUCAAGGCCUGCGUUCACGAACCGUAUCCAGUCCCAUACCCUACAGCCCAUCACCGAGCUCCAGCAGACCCAUCUCACCAGGGUUGUCAUAUGCCAGUCACACAGUGGGCUUCACCCCGCCCACCACACUGACCCGAGCGGGCAUGUCCUACUACAACACGCCCGGCCUGCACGUCCAUGUAGGAGCUUCACAUGGAAUCACAAGACCCUCCCCAAGAAGAAGCAAUAGUCCGGACAAAUUCAAGCGUCCUACACCCCCACCUUCCCCCAACACACAUGCUGGUGUGCAGCCACCACCUCCCCUUCCACCCCCUGUGCAUCCAGCAUUAUCCCAAGCAGCUCCGUCGCAACAACAACGGCCGCAGUAGUCCUCGCAGCCACUGAUCAAUGAGCCAUCAGAGAGGACUCAAAAAAGAGCUGAUUUAACAACCCCCCCCCCGACAUCCGACACCCCAAAAGCCAAAGGCUUAACAUCUGCAUCGACUCGCUCUGAGAUUGCAAAGGCUUCACUAUUAAUCUGUGUUGUGUUCAUAAAGUUUUGUGUUUGGAUGCAUUGAUUGCGUUCAUUUAAAAUGGUGAUUGGGGUGAUGGCGUACACAGCGUAGAGGGUUGCUUUUGAGGCAGGAGAAGGGAGUAACCGUUCCUCUUUAGGAUAUAGCAUUGUUUUGACAUGAAAAAGAGACUUAAAAGGCUGUUUCAUUCAAAUAAAAAUUCUGUCAUUAUUUACUCACUCUGUCAUUGCAAAUCUGUAUGACAUAGUGGUUGUUCACAGCAAACACUUUUUUGCAUCUAUCUACCCCAUUUAAAAAAAUAAUAAUAAUUCUAUGUAAAUAUGCUCUAGAGCAGUGGUUCCCAACCCUGGUUCUGGGGUACCCCCCACCACACUCUUAUUUGACACCCAAUUCUGAACCUCUACUUAUGAACUGAUGAAUCAGGUGUGUUAGAUAAGGAAGACAUCCAAAAUGUGCAGUGUUCGGGGUACUCCAGGACCAGGGUUGGGGACCACAGAAAAAAAGGUCAAAGAUGUCAGGGUAGAGCAGUGGCUCACACUGGAGUGCCAUGUUUAAGACACCAUAUCUGGUUAUAAGAACAAGACAUCUGCAUUCUGUUCCAUUCGUGUCCAGAUUUUUUUUUUUUUUUUUUUUGCAGAAGAAUGUGUACAGUCUGAACAGCCCCUAACUUUCUUCCCUGGAACACAAAAAAUGAAAUUUUGAAGAAUGUUGAUGCUGAUGCGUUCUUAUACAAUGAAACUGACAGGUUACUGAGGCUGUCAGUCCCUAACAUUCUGCCUAAGAUCUCCUUUUGUGCUCUAUGGAGGAAAAAAAAAAAUCAUACAGGUCUUGAACAACAGGAGAGUGAGUAAAUAAUGACAACAUUUUCAUUUUUGAGAACUAUAGCUUUAAAAUUUCAGCAACUUCAUAUUGCAUUGACAUCAGUGUGUCAAGCGUACAAUCUAUGUCCAAAACUCUAGUACAUUUGCUGGGAUCAUAUAUUUUCCAUACAUAUGGACACUUUAAAAGUGUCAACCAGAGUGGACCAGUAGGACAUUCCAGAAAGCUGCAGGAGGGCUUCAGUGUUCUAGAUGGGAUUGUGGUCAAAGCAGCUAAUAGCCUUUUAUAGAUAAGAAGCAACUCUGGAGUUGGCAGAAGUUUGCCUGAUGACGCUCUGACAUUCUCGGUUAAAUAAUUGAUAAGCAAGUGUCUCCGAAAGCAAAAAGGAAUCUUUCUAAUCAGACAGCCUGCUUAUACAGCAAUAUGCAUUUCAAAGUUACCUGUUACCUUGCCUUGCAAAUUGUAUUCAGAAAGCAAGACAGCAAAAUAUAUUAACAUGCACAGAAUUUCUGGUGAAAAUACUUUGCAUUAACGGAUGAAUUUAAUAAAGAAAUGUCUGGGCAUUAUUUCACCCCAAAAUAAAAAAAAAAAAUUAUAUUUUGCAUAAAUAAAAAUAAAAAAAGCCUAUUUGUAGGACCAUUAGGAUUUUUGCACUAUGACAUUAUUUUUGUGAUGACUAUGCCCAUAUACCCCCCAAAAUUCUGUCUGGUCAAAUGCUUUUUAUAUAUAUAUAUAUAUAUAUAUAUAUAUAUAUAUAUAUAUAUAUAUAUAUAUAUAUAAUCUCCAUACAAUUAAUUCAGUACAGGAAAUGUACUAUACAAUUUGAAAUAUAAAAUAUUUUUUCUGCAUUAUAGUAGGAUAUGGAGCAUAGGGGGAUGCUUUUCUUUAAGUAAAAUAUAGUUAAUUUUUUUUUUUUUUUUUUUUUUUUUUUGACCCAGACUUUGCUUGACAAGUGUUGUAAGAUUCAGGUGAGAACAUCAGCUCACUUUAAGGUAAAAUGACUUUGUCUUUUGCGGCUGCUGCAUAUGUACUGCAUUGCUGGUAUCUGCCAGACUUCAAUCCUCCUAAUUGCUCCUAAAGUGGCCUUUUUUUAAUUUCAGCAAAACACUUUAAAUGUUAAAUGAAAUUGUGUGGAUUACAAAGAGACUGAUGUAUGCAGAGGGUGUAUUUUUAUUUUAUUUUUCUAAUGAAGUAUUACAUUGUUUUGGCUAAACAGUGUUUAGUAAGUACCAUUUGUGAUUUUUUUUUUAUUUUUUUUUUCGUGAAGUGAGUUGGAGCAUGUGUAAAUAGUCUCACUUUAUCUCCCUGUGCGAAUAGGCUCCAAGUUAACAAAUAAAUAUGAGUUGAUGCAGCUAAACAUGUCGAACAAGGGAACAUGAGGAAGUACUUACUCUAUAUUAUGAUAAUUAAUUGAUUGCAGAUUUACUGGAGAUCAGAGCAAACCAGAAAUUCAUUUACAGGGACCCAGGCUGUUCCAAUGUGGUGAAGACAGUUUCUUUGGGGUGGGUUAGCUGUUGCCAGAUGGAUGCUGUAAGUGUACAUAUUGCCCUUUGUGGUCAUAACAACCCCGUCCUUAAACAUCACUGUGCUUGUUGCACUGUGCAGCAUGACAUCAGGGGUUGUCAUAUUAACUUCAGGUUGUUUCUGUAAAGGCUUAUGUGACUGUUUGUUUCUAUCGUUUCUUUACUAUGUAUUUUUGAAAGCACAAUUUUCUAGAGUGUUCUUCUGAGAACCUAGAAUGUUUAAUGUUUCAUUUUGGUUUACCUUUGCUUUUGUUACUGUAAAUAUUAAUUUCAUUGUAUAGAAAAAAAUUAAUACUAUGUUUUACCAUUAUAUACACUCACUGAGCACUUUAUUAGGAACACUAUGGUCCUAAUAAAGUGCCCGACAUGGUCUUCUGUUGUUGUAGCCCAUCCACCUCAAGGCUUGACCUGUUGUGCAUUGUGAGAUGUUAUUCUGCUCACUACAAUCUGAGUUAGCCUUUCUGUCAGCUCUCCGUUGACCUCUCUCAUCAACAAGAUGUUUCUGUCCGCUGAACUGCCACUCACUGGAUGUUUAUGUUUUUGGCACCAUUCUGAAGAAAUUCUAGAGACUGUUGUACAUGAAAAUCCCAGGAGAUCAGCAGUUACAGAAAUACUUAAACCAGCCUGUCUGGCACCAACAGUCCUGCCACAGUCAAAAAUCACUGAGAUCACAUUUUUCCCCCAUUCCGAUGGUUGAAAUGAACAACUGAAGCUUCUGACUCAUAUCUGCAUGAUUUUAUGCACUGCUGACACACGAUUUGCUGAUUAGAUAAUAGCAUGAAUAGGUAUAAAGGUGUUCCUAAUAAAGUGCGCAGUGAGUGUUUGUCACAGCAGAUUUCAGCUUUACCAGAGCAUGUCCUGUUUUCUGUAUACCUUUUUUUAUAGACUGUUGACAAAUGAAUGUAAUGUUUGCUCAUUUUACUGCUAUCAUUAACGGAUGGAACACCUUUGAGCCUUAACUCACUGUGGUAUUGCUAAAUGUAACAAUUGUCUAGUUUAUAUCCCAACAUCAGAUUAUUAAAGGCUUUAUACAGGGUUCAAUUACUGUGAUUUGUUUGUCACAAUACAGAUAUUAAUGCUGGGCUGUUAUAAAGCAGGUGUGUUGCAUCAUUGUAAAGUAAGAUAAACAUACUGCAUUAUGUAAUUGUAUGGUUAUUAAAACUAAUGGAGAGCUGAAAACCUCAAAUCAAUGGGGGGAAUUAUGAUGACCCUACACCAGGGGUGUCCAAACUUUUUCAACUUUGGUCCAGAUGUAAAAAGAAAUAAGGUGUUGCAGGCUGCAUGGUUGUAGUAAUAAUAAUAAUAAUAAAAAAUUAGA